UGGUGAAGCGACGGAGACGCAGAAGACAAACCCUGGCAGCUCCUACUGCCUGCCUCAUCUCCUCCUUCAACGAUGGCGGACGCCGAGCCUCAACUGCCCAACCUCAUCCACCUCCCCGAUCUCCCUCUCGACCUUCCCGAUUCGUCCCAGCAAGACCUACCCGAUCCGCCUCCACCGCCAAACUCCGAGGCGGCGACGGAACCGGCGCGCGAUCCUCAAGCCACCUCAGAAGAAGAUGCCACCAUUCCCCGAACCCCCGACGUCGUCGUCCCCGAUCCCCAGGCGGAGGCAGCAGCACCGGCACCGGCACCCUCCCUACGCUCGCCCAAGCUCCGCCGAAAGACCUCUUUCAAGCGCAAAAAGCCUCUUUCCUUCAAGCAGCGAGCCGCGGCCAAGAAGAAGCUCGCGCUUCUGACCGACGCCUUCCGCCCCGUCCCUUUCUCCCCUGGACAAGCUCUGGCCAACCUCAAUCUCGCCGCCCACGAGGCUCUCUUCCACGCCCUCGGCCUUUGGGACUUCGCUCAUCUCCCGUUCGAUCAGAACGUCCGUUCCGACCUGCUCAUACCCCUCAUCGCCAACUACCACCCCGCCAAGCGCUGCAGCUUCGUCUGCGACCUACGCGUCUCAGUUAGCCGUCCGGAUCUGGCGCGUGCCCUGAUGCUCCCCGUCAAGAAGGACAAAUCUGGCCUCCCUGAGCCUGGCGCUGCGGGCAACAACCAGGACUUGUUCUCCAUGGAGGAGUCGAUUUCCGCCAUUAUGGACUUCAUGUCGGCCUUCCUCCUUUUCCAAUUCCAGGAUGAUGCGUGCAUACUGCCCACUGAGGUCGUGACAGCGCACCGGAUGGUGAAGGAAGGACUGCCGCACAAGGUCGAUUGGGCUGGGUUGUUGUGGAUGUUGGUGGAGAAGGAGUUGCUGGAGGCCCCCAACUCAGGGUUUUGCCACUACGCCUCGCAUCUCCAGUGCUUGAUAAAAUACCAGCAACCCAGAUUGCUCGUAGAAUCUGAAUCCAAGCUCGAGCCUGUUCCUGAAGUUGAGGUUGAAGUUGAAAACUCCGCGGAUGAAGGAAUGGAAGAAGAAGAUGAUAAUGAUGAUGAUGCUGAAGAUGUCACUGAGGAUGCUGCUGCAAGGGUUAGAAGCUCAGAUCAUUUUGGGGCUGUCGGUGAAGAAAAGUGUGGACCUGGGUUAUCUCUAGGACUGGGUGGGGAUUCCUCCACCGUGGAGGGGUUUGAAGAGUUCAAGGAAGGAAAGGAGCAACAGAUAGAGGGGGAAAAUCAUGGCGGAACAGAGCAUUGCUUGAGGCUUUGCAAUUCAGCCAGCGCAGGAAGUAUGGAGUUCGAAAAUUUAUGUAAUGGAGAUGAGGAAGGAAGGAGAGAAGAGGGGGCUGGUGAAGAUUUCUCAGCAAAAUAUGAUUACCUGGAUAGGUUGGGUUCUUUUGAUAGGCUAACAUCAACAGAUCUCCUUCAAGUUGUUGAUCCCGUUGGUGAAUUCUUGACAAUGAGGAGCGAUGGGCAUAAGAACAUGCCUCUAAACCACGAUAACGAUAGGCCUUACUUUUCUGUUGAUAAUGGCAAAAGAAAAAUUAGUGAGAUAGAUGACGACGAGGAAGAUGAGGAGGAAGACACUCAGACAUUCACGCAGAGUAAUCAGCAAAAAAGGGCGAGGAGCGGCAUAAUGUGGGAGAGCCCCCCAUCAGAAGUUGAUUCUGUACUGGAGCAAAUCCAAUUGUAUGCGGGAAAAGCUAGACUUCUUGCUGCAGAAAAAGAGCAAGCAUCCAUCAAUGCCCAUUUACAGUUGCAGUAUUUGAAUGAGAUGCUUCAGCAGAAGGAUAGGGUUAUCCAAUCCUUGGAGAAAACAAGGGUGGAAGAGCAACAAAAGUGGCAUAUGGAGGCUUGCCGUUACGAGCACGAGCUCAAUUUGUUAGGUAACUUAGUGAUCGGUUACAAGAGGGCAUUGAAUGAAACACGCAGAGCCUUUGUGGAAUAUAGAAAGAAGUACCCUCAGGGCGAUGAGCCUCUCUACAAGGAUGUUGCUGCAUCCGGUGGUUUGGUUCUGAGCACCAAUGAGUUGGAGAGGGAACGUUUGGGGAGGGAAAAUGAACUUCGGUGUGUCGCGGCAAACUUAGUUGAUAGUUUUGAGAAGGAAUGGAUGCUUAAGCUCGAACAUUCUGCCUCAUCACUUUCCAUUCUGUUCGGGAGGAUGAUGGAACUUGAAGGAAAGAUCAAGCUGUUGAAGGAAAGGUUCGCGAAACCUGUGACAUCAGAUGCUUAAGUACUCGGAGAAGCACAACCCUUGAUGACCCUUCCAUCAAACUGCCUCAAUUUAGUGGUGUUAUUACUAUGAAUAUUGCUUUAGUAGUUCUGUAGCCAUUUUGACUGUUGAUUGUGUGAUUCUAAAUUAAUCUGAUGAUUAUAUGUGCGAACCAAGCGACAGCUUCUUUGUACAUGUAUUUAUGAACUUCUGCUGUACUAGUUAAUCCAACUUUUGCCUAGGUCUAAAAAAUCCAUGUAGUAUCAGGAUAAACACGAUUUUUGUGUAUCAACGUCUGUUGCUUUACUUGAGCAUUUUAGCAUGCCUGUUAAUGUGACAAGCUA